AUGCAGACAUCAGGAGCCUUUAUAAUCUGCAUUAAAAACGGCGAAUUGACUUUUAUUUGGAAGCCAUAUCAUAAAUCUGAUAAAGAAACAGAAAGCCAAAAGGAAUUAAAUCUCCCGUUAUCAUCAAUUAUCAGCUUUAUGGUAAAUUAUCAAGAACACGAUAAAUAUUUAUUAAUUACAUCAAAAUCUUCAAUAAUGCACCAAUUAACUUUCGAAUUGUCAUCACAAUUUAUUCAAUUUAUGCAAAUACUUACGCUUCAUCAGCAUUCUAGAUCGCAAAAGCAAGCACCAAUCGAAGAUUUACUUUCAUAUUCGAUUGAUUCUUAUGUCGAAAACGAUAAGAAGUACGGUCUAUACGUAUUUGAAGUUGAGAUUCCAAACAUUGUCAUUACACCUGAUUUCUUUAUCCCUGGAUUCGAAGAAAUUUUGAUUCCAAACGUUAAACCAGAUAUUCUCAUUAUUUCGCAAUUCAACAUCAAAUCAAAUGAUUACACAGAUAACCCCGUAUUAUUCAAAGAGUUACAAUCCUUCUCUCGUUCCCAAUUUAAAGAAUCAAUUUGCCAACGCGGUAUCGGAAUAGACGAUAGACAUCUUGUUUGGCCAGUACUCUUUGGAAUAUUACCAAGCGAUCCAGAAGGUUUCAAAACAGUUCUGAAAGCCAGAACAGAUGAAUACAUUUUAAUACGAAAUCAAUGGCAGAACAUGCCAAGAUGGCAUUUCAAAUACUGCAGUCUCAUUAAAGAUGCUUUUAAUACCAUUAAAGUUGAUGUAAAAAGAACUCAUCCGAUGGAUGAAAUUUCUAAUCUCAAAGAUUGGGAUUCAAUACUUUCUUCCAUCCUCAAAACAUUUUCUAUUUGGAAUUUAGAUGUCAGAUAUACUCAGGGACUUAAUGAUUUGGCUUUGACAUUUUUAUCUGUUUUUCUUCCUUAUUCUGGAACAGAAUAUACAGCGGAUGAAUGCGAAGCAUUAAUUUUCUGGUGUUUCUCCGCAUUUGUUGAGUUCAUUUCCAGUGGAUUAAUUGCAGAAAAUAUGCUUGACAACCAAAGCAUCGAACUCAAGGAGAUUAUGUCGAUUAUUAUGCAAUUCCAUCCUGCUUGCGCGGAGUGGCUUAACGCAAAAGGCCUUGGAGACCUUUCUUUCUUAAUUGCUUCUUUUAUUCUUGCUUACGGUCGAUCUUUUGAACCAUCAUCAGUUGCAAGGAUAUGGGAAGCGUUAGUUAGUGUGGAAGCUCCAUGGUUGUUCCUUAGAUAUUUCUCUGCUUCGUUAAUUAUUUUAUCUUAUCAGAGUUUUGCAAAGAUUCCUAACUGCUCAAGCGGGAAAUUGGUUUCUGUUAUGGACCAGAUAUUCUACCAUCAGGAUGUUGGCGCAGUUAUUGGCGUUUCUUUAUCAAUGAUGAAGAAAUCAAAGAAUGAAAUGCAGACUCAAAUGAAAUUAAGGAAUACAAUCAAAAAACAAAGUGAAACGACGGAUUAUUUCUGUCCGAUUUCGCAGUUUUCCGAUAUAUAUUCAAAAUAUCCUUCAAUGUUUAUGUAG